GCCAGCCGAGGACGUCGAGUCGAUCAUCAGUACGCGAGAUAUCACCGGCGGGAUAGGAUAGGACCUCAUCACCGGAUGUGUGCGUACCGGUGUGUACCUUCCGCGUACUUUGGUACGCGGUCCGGAUCUACCUCCGAAAGAUUUCUCGCCGGUGGAUUAGCGGACUCUUCGUAAAAUCUAUCGGAGGAUCAUAUGACGCUGCCGCAACUCGUUCGCGAUCCUUCGAAAUGUUGCGAGUUCAGCCUGCGCUCUUAUUGACGGGACGUGGAACGCCGUCGACCGCAAAGACGAAUCGAUAAACUGCUGCCGAGGUGUUGCGGCAGUGGAGGAUAUCCAAGUCUAGCCACCCCCGACACGGAGAGAGGUAGCGUGUCCGCCUUAAUCGCCGGAUUGAUUUUCGUCGGAGCGGACUGCGGAGCACGGCGAGAUCAAGAUGAUGACUUGUUGGGUCCUCGUCGGGGUCUUCGUAGCCAUCGUGCUCAUUUACGGCCUCGUCGAAUUUCAUUACUUCCUGCGCAUGUUUUUCACCGUCUUCCUCGCACGCUACUGCAAAAAAAGGGUGCACAUUCUCGACGAGACCGUGAUCUACGGAAUUUGCACUACCAACGAUGUGGACGCGCUUUUAUAUCACAUGAACAACGCCAGGUACCUUCGCGAGCUCGAUUUCGCGAGGGUCGACUUCUUCGAGAGAACCGAUCUGUAUCGAGAGGUUUGUUCUCAAGGUUCCGGCGUCGUGCAGGGAGCUGCCACUAUACGCUACAGACGUUUCAUCAAACCGCUAACGAUCUUUAAAAUUACGUCUAAGAUUAUUUAUUGGGACGAGAGGAGCUUUUUUAUGGAGCAUCGAUUUAUCACGCCGAGUGACGGUUUCAUAAGGGCAAUCGCAAUUUGCAGGCAGAGACUUCUUAACUGCAGCGCUGACACUGUCAUUAGCGCCCUACUGAAUCGUAGGGUGAAGCAGAAUGGGAACGUCGAGGCAGGUGUAACUCAGGUAUCUCCUGUGCGGCCAGAGAUGCCACCCGAGGUUAGCAGAUGGAUGGAAAGUAAUGAGAUAUCCUCAGCGAUGUUGAGGCAGGAACCGACCACAAUAACGACGCGCUGCUGACAAACGGACGCCGCGACGUCCAGCGGUGACGUCGUUUUGGCACCGAUAUACACAACCACGACCGUGUAAUGAGCGGAAUAUCGGAAUGCGAUUUCCAUCCUUAAUCAUCGGUCGGACGGAUGUUGUUCUGGAAAUUCCAGAAUAAGAACAAUUAAUCUCAGUGAUUCUCGCGACUUGGGUGUUUAACUCGAGAAACGGAAACUUAGCCCGUAAAUGGCCUUUCGACAAAAUAAAUGAUCUACGACAAGCCUGGUGUUCCGCAAUCGAGACGGAAUAAGAAUAUAGUUAAUAUAAUCGCAGCGAGCGAUUAUUUCUUUCUAGUGUUUCUAUAUUGAAACAUGGAAUAGUCGAAUUCUUAGAAAAAGAAAGUAAUUAUAAGUAAAGUCUUAAGAAGACUUUUUUUAGAAGAAGAAUAUAAUGAUUUUAGAAGAAGAAUAUAAUGAUUUUUUUUACCUUCGUAUUUUAUAAUUAUACACUAUUUUACUGCUGAGCGUAAAAAAUCAAUGUCAAGGUAUUAUCGUACAUUGUUAAAAAUAAAAUAAAAUAUUGAGGUAUUAAUUAAAAUUUGAUAUAGUGUAUGUAAUGUUAAUAUCGAAACUAUGUAACUGUAAACGUGUAAUAUUUUUGCAUCAAAUGAUUAAAAACGUACCUCAAAAUUAGAAGAGAGGUGGAUUUUUCUGCGUUGGUUUGUGUUACUCGCGUAACAAUUAAUUUAUUAUGAUUGAAAUGAAUAUUACCAUAGUACAUAAAAAUAUAGAAGAUUAUCUUUUAACACGCCAUUAACUACAACUGAUUAAAUAUCUUACAUUAACGUUGUGUGUUACGAAUCUAAAUUAUUUUUCACAUAAUCAUGUUGGGGACUUAGCCGCAUAUUACGCUACCGCUAGCACUACGAUAAUAGUAACUUGUAAUCGCAUAACAUCUUUGAGCGCAAAACGAACAUUGUGAACACUGUAUUCUCAUAUUGGUCAUCAAGUUUCUAAGGCCAUCCUGAAAUCAAGGUUGUAAAUUAAUUAUGAUUGUAAAUUGAUCGAGCAAUAAAAGAUAAUUAAUUUACAUAAAUAAAAAUGUCAAGAGUUA